UAAUGAGAAAAAUGAAGUUUGCAAGCUGCAUCAAAACCCAGGGGGAGUGUGGAAAAUGAAUAUGCAUGUGGCUAAAGCUGCACCAUUGAAUUAGCCUUGGAUUCUUAUCUUGAGUGUUCCCCAGCCUGCCCCAUAAGCAAAACACUGAAACCUCCCUUGUUUCUUCAUUCAUAAACCUGCAAUGUCUGUCUUGGGAGAGGUGCAAGGCUACCUGAGUCAAAGCUGGUCAAAUCUGGUGGGGAAAUGCUGCAGAGAGCUUCCUUCCACUGCACUGGCCAAGCUGCUGAGAGGGCAGUGGGGAGUUCAGAGCACUGUGAGGGACAACUCUUCUGGCUGACCUGGGGACACUGAGUACCAACAGUGCUGCCAUUUGGGUGUUCAGACUGUGGAGCAAAAGGGAUGAUUUUGCAGUGUUUUUUCUCUUGCACUGUGCUCUCUUUUCCAUAAGCCAGCAUAGGAACGUUUUCCCAAGGAACCUGAACUGCCAGAGAGUUCUGGGAGCUGUUCACCAUGAGGCACUGACACUACAUGUGAUCUGUGCUCUAAAUGGUUGUUGUCCUUUGCAAAUGCCACUUGAGAGGUGCCCUGGUAAUCUUACAGCUUGUGAACAAAACUGUAGAACCACAGCCAGGAGCUGGUCUUGUUCUUUUUCAGGAUUAAACUGAUCUGUUACUGCAGAACUAAACUGGUCAAUUAGCAGCCACUCUGAUUGCCUUCAGCAAGGCCAAGAGAGGUACUGCAUCUUUUCUUUAGUGUACAGCUAAUUUAAUGCCUGAAAAGAAGAUAAAGAAUCUCUGAGCAUCUCUGCCCCACUCCCAAUGCUAACAUGGAGAAACUCUCCAGAAACUUAGAAAGCAGAACAAAGAGUGGAGUGGGAAGCUAAUGGGAAGAUGUGUCAUGCUGCCAUGGUAUCGGGGCGGGCAUGUGCCUGAGACUUUUUUUAACACAGACUGUGAGUGAGUUCUUGUUGCAGCUACAGUUGUGGGGCUGUGGGAAGGCGGGGAGGCAAGUCAGAGAUAUGAUGUUGAUGCUUAACUUCAUCACAAUGCUGCUCCUUUAAUUGCUGUUGGAGCCACAGCCUGUAAUUUGGGAAUCGUGGGUUAUGUUCUUUGCUUUUGCCAAGACUUGACUCCCUUUCCCUCAAAAUACUGAGUUGUCAUAAUUAAGCCUGAAGCUGAAGGACAUCCAAAAUUAGAGGCAUCAUUACAGAAACCAUCCUUUUCAGCUGAGCUCUAAACCAACAGAGAGUUCUUGCUGCCACCUGCUCUCCUGUGUAAAGAUGUGAUGUUAACAGCUGAAAGGCUGUUUGAAGGGCCUCUUUCUUCUAACUCUGUGGCUUGUUUUGUCCCUUCAAAUCACACCUCUGCCUGUGGCCUUCACUCUGGCUUUCUCACCACUACACAAAGAAACUUUCUGGACUCUAGCUGGUACUUCAGUGGUACAGGUUGGAAAACAAAGGCAGAAUGAGUCUGCAGUCCCUGUGUAUGUUGUGCUGCUGACUCCCAGGACCAUGAGGUUUUUCUCCUCCCCUGUCACCCAUUUUGACUUCCUCUUUUUCAAGAAUCUGCCUCUUUUUUUUUUCCUUCCCUUUCCCAUCACAGAGCAAAGCUGAGUAAUUUCCCCUUUUCUCUCUUCUCUAACCAGUUUUGUUCCUGGAACAGUCUUUGCUCUAGAAAAUAUAUAAAGGGAUGCUGCAUCCAAGACAAGUUUUCUCAGAGGCAGGACACAGAUGAGUGUUGCUAGACCAGGAGAGGAAACAAAGGAGGCUUUUGACUGCACAGACAGGACAGCCCUGCUCCCUGACACCUCUCACUCACCAUGCUGGAAGAAGACAGCGACGAGGCGUGUUGGAGCCACCUGGAGAGCUUCCGCGUGAAGCUGAUCGCGGUGAUCGACCCGGCGCGGCUCACGCCGUACCUUCGCCAGUGCAGAGUCAUCAGCCACGAUGAUGAGGAGCAAGUCCUCAACGACCCCAGCCUGGUGAUGCGCAAGAGGAAGGCAGGUGUUCUUCUGGACAUUCUCCAGCGAACGGGACGCAAGGGCUUUGAGGCAUUUCUGGAGAGCCUUGAGCUUUAUUAUCCACAACUGUAUAAGAAAGUAACUGGCAAGGAGCCCAGCAGGGUUUUCUCUAUGAUUAUAGACACAGCUGGGGAGUCAGGGCUGAGCCAGCUCCUGAUGAACGAGAUCAUGAAGCUGCAGAGCACCGUGCAGGAGGAGCGGCGCAAGGCCCAGGAGCUCACGGUGUGGCUGCAGACCAAGGAGGACACGAUCAGAGAGAUGUGGGUGAGGGACAGCCUGCUGCACAAGCACCAGGAGCGGGCACACAAGAUGAAGGAGGAGAGGGACAGCCUGAGCAAGGAGCUGAGGAAGUGCAAGGAUGAGAACUACAGCCUGGCAAUGAGCUAUGCCAAACAGAGCGAGGAGAAGAGUGCUGCCCUCAUGAAGAACCGGGACCUGCUCCUAGAGAUCGAUCACUUGAAGCACAGCCUCAUGAAGGCUGAGGAUGACUGCAAACUGGAGCGGAAGCACACGCUGAAACUGAAGCACGCCAUAGAGCAGCGCCCAAGCCAUGAGGUGGUGUGGGAGAUCCAACAGGAGAAGGAGCUGCUCUUGGCCAAGAAUCAGGAGCUGGAAAACACCCUCCAGCAGGUUGCCAGGGAACAGAAUUUGGAGAAGAGCCUCUCCAGUGAGACCGUGGAGAAGGACUGUAGCCAGAUGCUGGAGGAACGGCGGGAGCUGGUGGACACCAUUUACAGCCUUCGCAAGGAGCUGCGGCGAGCGGAGGUGCUUCAGGACAAAUAUGCAGAAGAAAAAGAGAUGCUGGAACUACAGUGCACGUCUCUGAGAAAGGACUCCCAGAUGUACAAAAAACGGAUUGAAGCCGUCUUGCAGCAGAUGGAGGAAGUGGCUUCAGAAAGAGACCAGGCGCUGCUGACCCGAGAGCAGUUCUACCUGCAGUACUCCAAGGACCUGGUGGAGAGGGACUCGUACCGCAAACAGAUCCGGGAGCUGGGGGAGAGAUGUGAUGAGAUGCAGCUGCAGCUCUUCCAGAAGGAGAGUCAGUUACUGGCCACUGAAGCCAAGCUGAAAAGGUUGCAGCUGGAGCUACCCACAGCGACCUCUGACCUGGAUGACGCCUCCUCCAGAGAUUCCCAGGAACUUACUCCUCAUGGCCAUCUGGAUGAAGACACACCACUGACUAAAAAAGAUUGCCCUGAAGGACAGACCCAGGAAAGCAGCACUCGAGAGAGCUGUCUGCCUCCAAAGUCACCCAGUUUCAAGGAAUGUGGCUUAGCCAACGAGGAGCUGGCAGACAAGGAGCGGAGGAGGAUGAAGGACUGCUUCGAGCGUUACCGAAGAAAAAGAGCCAUGAGGAGGGUGCUGAAGGAGCAGCACCACGAGGCCGACUGGGACAACACCACGGGCAGCGACAACACCGACACCGAGGGCUCCUGAGGCCAAGGGAAACGUGUGCCUGGGCUGUCCCCAGCUGUAUCUGUCUGCCAAGAGCCUGCUUGGGUUUUAAGAUCAUCGAAAUGAACACUUAGGAGAAGCUAAUGUUUGUGUUGGUGGUGUCAGAGCAGCAGACGCCCUCCCUGGGCAGCCUGGGCCGGGGCUCCCUCACAGCAGAGAUAUAUCUCUGUAUGUUUCAGUGGCACGUUUUGUGUUUCGGCUGGUGUCCGUCCCCCCUUGUCCUGUCACUGGGCUCCACAGGAGCACAAGUGUCGCCUCAUCCUCCUGCCGCUCAGCCUUUGGGGACCCGGAUACUUAUACAAGGAGUGUUCAUGUCGUUUGAGGGGCUGCAUGUCAGGAGGAGAGACGCCUCCAUGCACCCAGCGCUCUAAUAAAUAACUGUCGGCUUUCUAAACGAUA